AUGAGUUCUAAACAAGGCGAAGAUAAGAAAACGGUCGAGAAAGAGUUUGUGUAAGUGCUUGUUUUAAAACUAACAUAUAUAUUAUGUGUAAUGCUUAUUUUGAACACGAUAUAAAAUAAGUGGCAUGCCGAUCGUAGGUUAAAAUAGGUAAUGAUUUUAAAUAGAGUUUACUGUACAUUUAUAACAUAUGUGCUAAAAACAAUUCGGCAAAAUUGUUUAAUUGCAUUUGCAUAAUAUUGUAAUAAAUUAGGUUUCAAUUGCAAAGUGCACUAAAAUAGAGUUAGCUCUCCGCGGUGAAUUAAUAUUUCAGGAGUGGGUAUACUGUUGAUAACUCUAUUUUCCCGAAAAUCAAAAAUCACCUCUCCGCACAACUACGCAAGGGCGCCCACAAGGGAUGAAGGGGGGCGACUUCCCCUCUAGCUUUCCAGCAGGCCAAAAUAAUUAUAUCCGAAUUCAAUAUCUGGAAAUCUCAAAAUUCAUUAUCACAGGUACCAAGGUGUAUUGAUAUUUAUCAAUACUUCAUCAACCCACAUCGAUUGGUAUCUAAUUUAUUAUCGCAAUAUACGAUGUUUUAUGUCCUAUAUGAUCUGAAAUCGGUACCAACCACUACAGACUAUUAAUUUGUGGACAGCUGACUUGCGGUUCUCUUAUGUAUGAAAAUCGUUUAUUUAUCCGGAUUAUGUUUAAUGUGCUAGUGUACAUAGGAAAAAAAAAAAUCAAAGAACUUAAUUUAACAGAAAAAGUUGUUGAUGAAUUUGAGAAAAAUAAAAUACAAUUGCAAUUUUUGUUCAGUUAGUUACUGCAAGUGUACAAUUCAAUAUUAUAUUAUUAUAAUACCAUUAAAAUGUUUAGAAAAUACCGAAGUAUAAUACGUUAACAAAAGUGUUUAAAUUAUUAAUUCAAAUUAAGGCCGUCUCCCCCUCUAAAUUUUCACGUCCGGCCGUCCUUGCAAUUACGAUAUAAUAAUAAUUAUUAAUUGAAAUAUAACGUAACAUUUAAAUAUUUCAGGCCUACUCCUCGUCCAGGCGGUUUGUUAAAAAUAAAAUUAGAUGUUAAAGAGAAAAAGAAAAAAGUACUCCAAUUCGACAAAUAUCAAAAUAUUAUUAGUCGAGUGGAGGAUAUGGAAAAAGAAAAGUACAAAACAGAGAAGUCCGUUGCUAAAAAUCCAAUACCACCUAAGAUUACGCCUAUUAGAAAUUUAAAUUUACCCAAAAUUUCGCAAGAAUCGCUGUUCGAGAAAUAUCUGGUCGAAAACGACGAUAUCGGUGAGCAUUAUAAUUAAUAAAUACAUUACGUUCGAAUUGUGUCCGAAAAUGAUAUUUUGGUCGAAUUACAUCUGCGGUCUGUAUUUUCGUCCAACAUUUUAACGUGGUUUUAUAUUUGUUUUAAAUCCCGAGCGGAGUGUAAUGUGAUAAUUUUUCCAUAUGCAUUUUAAGUUUGCGCUUUGACGAAAAUCGGUAAAAAAAUCCAUUACUUUAAAACGCGUUCGACCUUCGCACUUUGCUCGGAAUCUUAUUCGGUCCGAUUUUUAUUAAACUCAUUACUGAACUCGUGAAAACGUUCGCGGAACCCUCUCCCCCCCACUAUUUCCGAGCUUGUGUAUUCUGAUGUUCGUCGUUUACAUUAUCACAACAUUAGGUUCUUUACGUGUUGCGUGUACCGAUAAUUAUUAUUACCAUUUCCGUAAAUCCUAAAGUCAAUAUAAAACGUUUCGUUUUUUUUUUUUUUUUAUUUCGCGUACAGACAAUAGCGGCGAUUAUGAAAGAUGGUUAGACGAAACCGCGCCGGCGAAUAGCACCAAUCUAAUGGACAACCUGGAAGAAGCCAUUAAUCUGAUUGUAAUGUUGGCGUCCAAUCCGGAUGCGCCUACUAAGGAUUUCGACGAAAUGCAAGCUAUUUCGGUCAUACAAUUUCUGCGCACAAUCAAAACGUCGUCCGGCCAGUACGAGCCGAAUAAUUCGAGCUUGAUGGAUUACAUUGACAGUAAAGGCGUCGAUUUCCAUAAAAAUUAA